CAGCCUCUUAAUCAAAAAAAAAAUUGUCUGAUAAAAUGUCUGCUGAGUUUGAACUUUGUCCAGGAAGAAAAAUCGGGGGCUCCAACCCCUGUUUUAUCAUCGCUGAGAUUGGACAGAACCAUCAAGGAGACAUAGAAAUCGGCAAAAAAAUGAUCCGAAUGGCCAAGGACUGUGGAGCCGACUGCGCCAAGUUUCAAAAGAGCGAGAUCGAACACAGAUUCACCAAGCAGGCUCUGGAGCGUCCCUAUACGUCCCCUCACGCCUGGGGCCCGACCUACGGGGCUCAUAAGCACCAUCUGGAGUUCAGUCACCAGCAGUACAGAGAGCUGCAACAGUACGCCAGUGAAGUUGGCAUCUUCUUUACUGCAUCAGGAAUGGACGAGAUGGCUGUAGAAUUUCUUCAUGAAAUCAAUGUGCCGUUUUUCAAAGUUGCCUCAGCUGACACCAACAAUAUCCCUUACCUGGAGAAAACCGCCAAAAAAGGUCGUCCCAUGGUGAUUUCUAGUGGAAUGCAGUCUAUGGAGACCAUGCGCUGUGUUUAUCAAACCGUCAAGAAGCUCAAUCCCAAUUUCACGCUCCUGCAGUGCACCAGCGCUUAUCCACUGCCACUAGAGCACGUCAACCUCAGCCUGAUCCCUGAGUUCCAGAAGGAGUUUCCGGACAUUCCCAUAGGCUACUCUGGACAUGAGACGGGCAUCCAUGUGUCUGUGGCUGCUGUGGCACUUGGGGCAAAGGUCCUGGAGCGUCAUGUGACCCUGGAUAAGAGCUGGAAAGGCAGUGACCAUUCAGCAUCACUGGAGCCGGCGGAGCUGGCGGAGCUGGUGAAAGCCAUCAGGACGGUUGAGAUGGCAAUGGGCUCGCCAAUCAAACAGAUGCUGCCCUGUGAGGCUUCUUGUCACAGCAAGUUGGGGAAGUCAGUGGUGGCCCGGAAACCAUUGCAGAAGGGUCAGACAUUAACUCUCGACAUGCUGACAGUAAAAGUGGCCGAACCGCACGGCAUGAGACCAGAGAACAUCUUCAAACUGGUUGGCAAGAAAAUCACUGUGGACCUGGAGAAAGAUGCCACCAUUACUGAUGCCAUAAUACAAGACUGAUGAUCAGACACUCCAAAAUAUAGGGCAGUGAAUCUUAUCUUAUGCUUUUAUAAAAAUUUUAAAUAAUCUAUCUAUAAUAUAUAAUGGUAAAAUAUAUCAAAUCAGUCAUUAUUAAAUCAAAGACAUUUUUAUUACAUUCUUUUUGUUGUGACAUCAGAAAUAUGUAAAUAUGACGUCUUGUAUUGAUUUUGCAUAUGCCUGUCAUGUCAUAAGUUUACUCCUUAUUGUAACCUGUCUCAGACUAUUGCUAUUAUAAAUGUGGAACAAACACUUUGUCAAGUAAAAUAUCUUUCUCUCAAAUGAUUUCAGCUCAACUUUGAUAAUGGGUCUUUUGUUCAUAUUGGUCCCUCAAGCUGUAUUCCCCAAAAGCACAAUGUUUUGGCCUAGAAUUAAAUGAAAUGCCUAAUGAAAUGUGGAAUUAUACUUGAUGUGUAUGUAAAUGUGUUUAUUGUGCAUUGGAAACAUGACACGUAUGUUAUUUUAUUUUUGUUCUACACAUAAUAA